AGUGAACAAUUCUGGAGAGAGAGAGUGUGCAAGUUGCUGCGGUGCCUGACCAGGAGGACGGUCUGCAGCGGUAUAUUAUUGGCAGUGUCAGCUUGACUUAUCAGGGAUUUACAACGUUUGGACACUUCAUAACCGAGAGACGUGAGAGCCGCCACCGCUGCUGCCCGAGCCGGGCGGGUCGGACACAGGGCUGCAGCCGGAGCUGAGGCAGGCCCGCGCUCCCGCACGAGCUGCAGGAGGAUCCGGCGCGAGGCGUGAGGCCUACUCCGUCACCAAGGAAACCGCAGGGGCAGCGGCCAUGGCGUCUUGCGGCGACGAGCGGGUGGAAGCGGUUUACCGGACCCGGGACCCGGUGAAGAAUCUCCGCAUCCGUGUGUGGCUUCAACGGGUAACCCCAACGGCAGUCUUCACUCAACAUAUUCUGCAACCAGCAAUUCAACAUGAACAAAAUCUCAUUGAAAUGUCUACCUUUGACACCCAGUCUUCAGGCAGAAUGACAGGUGGUUAUCGGACACAUGACCAGGAAGAGGUUGUGGUGGGUUGGCAGGAGAAGCUAUUCAGUCAGUUUGAAAUCGAUCUGUUCAAGAGUGAACAUGCCUGUCAGAGUCCUUUGGACUUCCAGUAUCGCAAUGAGAUCCUGUCUUUGGAGGAAACAGAGAAGAAGAACUUCCGAAUCUUCACCUAUACUGACUUCGACCGAUACACCAACAUGCAAGAGUAUUCUCAGUCUGCGACCACAUCAGCAAAGGAGGUUCCAUCAUAUCUGGCAGAAAGGAUGUCACAUGUUCGACGCAGAAGGCAGGAGCGCAGAAUGAUGGAAGGGAAGAUUCCAAGGUCACGGAUCAUUACCUGGCAGCCAACUGAAGAGUUUGUGAGGAAUAAUCAUGUCUUGAAUAACCCUGUGCAAACCAUGUAUAUUAUGGGAGACCUGGGGCCCUACGGAAAGCUGGGGAAGCGUGGGGAUGAGUAUGUACUGUGCACCAUUAAAGUGGACAACAAUGGUGUUCUGUCCAUAAGACCAGACUUCAGUGGCUCCAAACCAGCCUACAGAAUUGAGACUGAAGGAGAGAAGAAGGAUCUAUGGCUGUACACAAUUAACAACGUAUCCGUCACAGUCCAGAAGGAAGAUCAGGAAAGAGAGAAAAAUCUCUUCAAAGAUCUGUACAACAGACACAAGGAUUACCUUCAUACUUUGGUUGGAGAAGAAUUUGAAAUACCUCCCAUUGGUACUCUUCAGUUGUUUGUGAAUGGAGAAAUUGUGUCAGCUCAGGGUUUUGAAUAUGACAAUCUGUAUGUACAGUUUCUCCUUGAACUUCCAGACAAUUGGUUCUGUUCUUCAAGACAGCAGUUGUCUGGAGUGACACAGACCUGCUCUACCAAGGUCGAGGGCCAGGAGAAUGUGGCCUAUUUUUCAUAUCCUUUCAACUUUGAAAUGACCUUAAGAAGUGAGGAUCAGCCUGAGGAUACCCUGCCGCAGUGGCCUGUGCUUUACUUUGGGGUUCAUUCUUCUGAUUUCUGGCAAAGACAUCGUAUUGAGGGAUACGGGUACAUCAGAAUCCCAGACAGUCCUGGUAGCUGCACUCUGACUUGUCAGACCUGGAGACCGAUUGUCCCUGGAACUGUGGCAGAAAUGCGGAGAUUUUUUAUUGGUGGCUUCCUUGAACUUGAAGAUAUGACAUACACGCGGACCCCAAGCACAUUCAAGGGAGAGAGAUUGAGUCGAUUUGGUUUCAGAACAGAAACAACAGGAACUGUUACCGUGAGGUUUCAUUGCAUGCAGCAGUGCAGGUCUUUCCUUGAUUCAAGCAUGGCAAGGAAAAAAUCACAAAAUGUUCUGGAACGUAUGGGUGGACUUUCACAUCAGGCCUCCCUCCAAUCUGUCAUAGCGGCAUUUGGGCGAGCUCAGCAACGUAUGCGUGAGGCACAAGAGAGCCUGUCAAAAGACCUGCUGCAUGCAUCAUCAUUUCUGGAGUCAAAGUCAGUGGCAGAAUAAAUCAACAUCGGUUGCACUGGGCUGUGAUAUUACAGACAGAGAAAUAAAACUGACUCAUCCAGAAGACAGCAAGAUUGGAGAAACAACUCUGGGAGCAUGUAUUCUGUUUAAUUAGAGUUGGAACACUGCUACUUCUUGGCUUUUCUAUGGUCAAAUUUUGUGUUUGCAUAUAUUUCAGCAAUGAAUGAAGUGAUGCCUCAUUGACACAGUUGUGGAGUCAGAGAGUUUCUCAGCUGACUCUCGCUUGUACUAUUCAGUCACUUAGAAAUUGUGAUAAAUAUGGGCGACAUGUUUGAGCUCGUCGAAUAUUCAUUAACUGCUGAGAGCAAUGCUAAAUACUUAUUGAAGAACGUUCUUUUUCCAAAGCCUUAAAUUAGACACUACCCUGUAUAUAUUUGGCUACAUAUAGCUCCACAAACCAGAAGGUGUUAGCUGUUUUAUUUUUUUGCUGAACUAGGUAAUCUCAUAGUAGUAAGAAGGACACUACAAAUGGCAAAGCAACUUGGAUGAAGAAGAAAAUUCAAAUGGUUCCUCCUUCAAAUUGCAGUCCAAAACCCUUUUGUGAAUGCCUAUGUACAUUUGAAUGUUGGGUGAACAUGUGAUUUGCCUUGAUUAUGAUGCGUUCUGUCGUCAUUGUCCCAGAGGACCAUCUGCUGCCCUCGUCCGAGACGACUGUUGGAGAGUUUAAUCUGGGGGUCAGCACGACUUAGGCAAGGGGGACCUUUGAGAAGUCGGGAUCUUUGUGGUAACUUCAGUUGUGGGAAAUGAACCUUCACUGUUGGUGUCAUUCUGCAUCACAAAGUAGUCAUUUAGCUGGCUGAGCUAAUGGCCCCUUCUGGUAUAUUGGUCUACCAAUUCACAUUCUAGGCUCAUUUCUGCAGAAUGGUGAAUUCACACAGGUGAUGGAAAGCUAUUGGCUGCUGGCAAGUGUUGGUACUGACAAGACAGGAGAAUGAUUAAUUUACAAUGCACUGUCUAGAACAUGAAAUCAAAUCAGAAUGCACGUCCAUUGUGUCUGUUCAUUUCUUACAUUUAAAUUGCAGGACACCAUUAUGGUUGGAGGAGUUGAGCACUUAUAGUAUGUCCAUUUAAACCACGAUAGCUGUAUAAUUCCCAAUUAAGAAACUUUUAAACCCACAAAAGACUUGCAGAAUCAGACAAGGCCAAAAAUUCAGAAUUUUAUAGGAUGCAUUAUUACUUGAUCACUUAAUUUACCAAGUAUCUCUUGAAUUUUCUGACAAUAUCAAUGUAUUGUGCUGGAUGAGAGGUGUUUCUUCCAAUGUGGGGAUGACAACCUUUAGAAAUGCAAUUGAGGGAAAUGAUUUCUGUAAAAUCCACUGAGAAAUUCAAGAUUUUGUAAAACAUGUUUAUACCCUGUUAGCAUGAAUGCAUAUAGAAUAUUGCAUAUUUCUCAUUUGAGCACAGAAAAUAAACCUUGAACUAAAAGUAGGUUGAAGGACUAUAGAUACUGGAAAUCUGAGGCAGAAGCAGAUAAUGCUGGAAAUUGCCUGUAUUUUCAUUAUUUUCAGUUUUUAUCCCUUACUGUUCCACUAUCACUGAAUUAGAGAAGUCCUUUAGUGCUCAUUUAAUUUUUUGAUGUGUGACUCAUUAACAAAGGAAGAAAUGUAUUUCCUCUUUAUAUAUUACAGGUCAAACAUUCCUAUGAUUUUAGAUAAUGACUGAACAUUCCAAAAACUGGUGAUAACUCAGGAUGUUGCACAAGGUCAGUCGUGCACCAUUAGAAAUUAUACAAACAAACUUCAAGUAAGAAAACAGGUCUUGUGGCACAUUGGGUAGCAUUCCUGCCUCUGAGCCAGAAGUUCUGUUUCAAGUCAUACUCGAGAAUUUGAUAGCCAAAGAAGGUGCAUCCAUAAUGCAGGAGAAAGGAAGGACUGCAGAUGCUGGAGAUCAGAGUCAAGAG